AAAUAUUUGUCGAAAAUAUCGCCCACUUGAAACCAGCCUUAGCGAAAUGGACAGAAGAGAAUCUAAGCGUGCUUACGGACGGAAAUUUCAUGCACUCUCCAACUAUACGAUUAAGUUUGAAUUUUUGGGUUGCAAUUAAUCUUCUCGCUUAUUAUAACGUGUACGGCAUCGAUAUGAAAUUAUUGCCACCCAUUGAGGCGGGCGCCAUUCCAAAUCUGUUUGUCGAAAUAUCGAAUGAAAAUCCUUCGUUGUUGACGACUGCAGCUCUCUGUGCAGAGGGAAUCGACGAAAGUUUAUACAAUAAUUUCCUAUCGUUUCUAUGUAGGAGAGGUGGUGUGAAAGGUCAAUUCAUUAUUUUUCGAAGCAAACACCUGACGUUCAGUCAUAUUUCUGUUAAGGAGAUUGAAGCAUUUGGACAGUAUCUAAGACCUUCCAAUAUCAAUAAUACUAACAUACUUUUGCACAAGCCAACAUGGUCAUCUAGCAGCCAGGAAAUCCAAACCGAGAGUUUCGGGGCGACAGACGGAUCCUAUAGGUCUUAUUAUCUGUCGACCAACCACAACCAUCCUUGGCUUAGGGUGGAUAUGCUUAAAACUUAUAAAGUUUUUACGAUAGCCAUACAAAAUAGAGAUCCUCUUUGUAAGUAAAAUAACGGCGUAAAUUUAUCAAUUGGUUCUUUCCGCCAAUAAAACUUUCUUCCUUUCAACUAUUAUUUAAUAGCUGAAAAUAGAAAUCUUAAAAUAAUCGGAUUAAUAUCGGAUUAUCAGCAUUUCAACAUUCACCAGAGUGAUAUGUAUUCCAAAAAGUGCUUUGAAAAUCAACACCCAUUCGAGAGUGGUGAAUACAGAGCUUGGAAUUGUAUGCAUCCAACUCCUGUUGGUCGAUACGCCAUUGUCUAUUUACCUUUACAAGAAUCUUUCUCCAUUUUUCAAAUGGAAGCAUACGGAGAAGAAAUUGCUAAUGAUGAUCUCUCUCCUCUCCCAAUAAUCAAAGCUGAUAGAAAUUCAGACAACGGUAGCUUUGACGAUAGAGACGCCGAACAGCAGUAUUCUAUUAAAGCUGUCGAUCAAUUGCCGUUCAACGUUGAUUGGCAACAAGUCUAUUUCUCAUGUACUGGAAACUUUAAGGAUAACCAUCAGGAAGGAAGAUUUACUAUCUAUCUAGAUAAUGUCUACCUUGUUCGACAGAUUGUUCUUCUCUCCCUCCUUCCAUUCAAUACAAACAACUUUGAAGAUGUACAAAUUGCAGUUGAAAACUCAUUUAUGCAACCGCAAAGGCAAUUUUGCCAUCUAGCAACAACGGUAAGAAGAGAGCAUGAAUUAUACAAUUGUAGUUUAAUUGGUGAUAGAAUAUCCUUUUACAAAAUCGAUGGAACAAACAAGAUACGUCUGUGCGAAGUUUACGUUCUUGGUAAAAAGCAAGCCUACAAUUCGGUCGGUAUGUACUGCAUACUGUAGAAAAUUCUGUUAUAUUGUCAUGGUUAAUUGUUGCCUUUUCCUCUCUCUCUCUCUCUCUCUCUCUCCCUCUUAGAUUUGGGCACUGUAGAAAAUGCAACAAUGAUAUUCUCAAUGGAAGGGUCUACACCUCAUAUGAAUUCAUUUUGUGAUUAUAGCACAAAUGAACUUUUCUUCCAAUUGAAAGUUUAUCAUAAAUUGAACGGUGUCGGCUUUACACUAAUGGAAACAAAGAGUUUUACAUCCGACAAAGGUCUUCAGAUUUUUGGUAUUAAUGAAAAACAAGAGUAUAUUCUCUGCUCGCAAUUUCGAAAUCUUUUGAAAAUUACCUCUCCAACACCAUUUACAUUUCCCUGUUCAAGUGAAAUCAUAGCGAAAUAUGUGAGAAUCUUCUCGUCUAGCGGAUCCUUCAGAGCUUGCAAUUAUUAUGUAAUAAGUAAACAAGUGGUGAAUAAUCUUAUAGUUAACUAUCGACUGGAACAAGGAGCCUCGUCAAUUAUUCCAUCUCUUAUCUAUGCAACAGAAACUAAUCUCAGCCUUCUCGACUGCUACAAAUCCUGUAUAAAAGAUGACAAAUGCGAAUCUUUCGCUUAUUCAACAGAAUCCAAGGCCUGCAUGUCCAGCAAAUUUGAAAUUCUAUCAGAAGCUAGAGAUCAUUUAACAACGUCCACUAGCCUUUCUUAUAGCGUAAUGUAUAAAAAAUACGUUGUUCUGUCGCUCGUCUGCAAUGGAAACUGAUAAGAAGCAAAUAGACAAAGUUGUUAUGCACUAUACAAUAUCUACCAUAUCAUUUAAAUAAUUUAAUAAAGUCAACCGUAAAAAUUGACUAGUUUCUAUUCUGUUCAGGAUGAAUUGACUACUUUCCGAUCCGUUAUCCAUGCUUCUAUCACUUUAUAUACCAUUGAUUAGAAUGUUGCGAGUCGUAAAUAUAGGUCAGUGACUGUAGACUGAUAGCCUACAAUUUCCAUUAUCCAACUUAAAGGUUAUAAAGAAGAAGUUGUUGAAUUUAAUUUCCACCUUUCUCUUUUUACCAAUAAUUCAUUCUGAUUGAAAUUGUGACAGAGCUGUAGUCACGUGACAACGACUAUUUUAACGUGGCUACCGCAACGAAAGAGAAAAGUG